AUGAUUUUCUCUCUCUCAACAAUGAGAAACUAUUUUCUCAUUUCGAUACUCAUAUGCGUAAUCAAUAUAAAUCAAGCAAGCACAGACGAAGCUAAUGAUCAACAUCACGAUUCAAGAAUUCGUCGAUCAUACGAUGAUUCGGACGACGAUCGAGGCUAUUUGAACCUUUAUGUUCGUGAAUCGUGUGAUGAUGAAAGUGGAUACGCGAAAAAGCCCACACGUUUUCCAUACAAACGAUUUGAUCGUCGUAGAUAUGAAUUAUCCAGUUCUUGGAUAAAAUAUUCACCUUAUAUGCACAUUUAUGUUGAACGGUUUACCCGACAAACGAUGAUCUAUGGACCAACUGGAGCUUAUUUAAUACCUCCAUUGGUUAAUUUCUAUGGAGAUCUUAUUCCAGUAGCUCGAUUGCUAGUAUACGGAUACGCAACUUUAUUGAGCAAUGGCGUACCAAUGUUACCUUCUUUCGAUAUUCGCUAUUUUCUUCGUAACGAUCCACGUUUUCUUCGCAAUAUGCCGAGAUAUGAUCAUGGAAAACAUGCUUUUGAGAAAGCAAAUAUGAAAACUAUAAUUCGCGUCCUCGUUAUCCAGAGAAGCAAUACUACAACAAGAAUUAUUAUUUAUAUCGGAGAAGAACACGAACCACCACCACAAAGAUUCAUACAACAACACACUCAACAACUCAUUCCAGCACUCGUUCAACAACACACUCAACAACUCGUUCCACUACCCAUUCCACCACUCAUUCCAGCACUCGUUCAACAACACACUCAACAACUCGUUCCACUACCCAUUCCACCACUCAUUCCAGCACUCGUUCAACAACACACUCAACAACUCAUUCCAGCACCCAUUCCAGCACCCAUUCCAGCACCCAUUCCAGCACUCAUUCCAGCACUCAUUCAACAACUCAUUCAACAACUCAUUCCACUACCCAUUCAACAACACACUCAACAACUCAUUCCACUACCCAUUCAACAACACACUCAACAACACACUCAACAACUCAUUCCACUACCCAUUCCACCACUCAUUCAACAACGCACUCAACAACUCAUUCAACAACGCACCCAACAACUCAUUCCACCACUCAUUCAACAACACACUCAACAACUCAUUCCAGCACCCAUUCCAGCACUCAUUCAACAACUCAUUCCACUACCCAUUCCAGCACUCAUUCAACAACGCACUCAACAACUCAUUCCAGCACUCAUUCAACAACUCAUUCCACUACCCAUUCCAGCACUCAUUCAACAACGCACUCAACAACUCAUUCCAGCACUCACUCAACAACGCACUCAACAACUCAUUCCACCACCCAUUCAACAACCCAUUCUACAACUCCUUCACCAACUUAAACUUAGAUCAGUUGAACAACUGGAUUUUCGGGUCACUCUACGACUGCGAGUGAAUGACAUUUGUUAUCCUCUUGUCUUUUGUUCUUCAUUCUUCAAAUAA